AUGACUGAAAAUAAUAAUAUUGAAUUAGUGCUAAAGCAACAGAAUGUGAUUGAUUCAUGUUCAGAAUGUCCAAUUAUCACUUAUGAGAUUGCGAAAAAAUUGGGGUUUGAAAAAGAUAAAAGUUUACCCAACAUAAUGAUAAAGUGGUAUCUGAUAUUGUUAAGCAAGUAUCAGAUAGUGAAACCCGAGAUUCAGCAAGAUAUUAUAAACUCGAUAGCAAAUCUAGAUAUUUCUCAGAGAAAUCAUAUACUAUCUGAGGCUAAAAGAAAAAAAACAAUUUUUAACAAUACCGCAUCCGAGUCCUCGUCUGAAUCUUUAUCCUCAUCUGAGUCUGGGUCCAACUCUGAAUGA